UUUUGAAUUUUUCAUGUGACUCUCUACUUUUUUUUACUAGUAUCGAUAAAGAAGAAAAUAAGUGUUUUAUCAGAUGAUAAAAUGAAUACUUAUACGGAUUUUAUGUUUGCAUGAAGUGACUGAUUAUGAAUGACGCAAUUUCUAUUUAUGUAUUGUAAACAUAACUGUACACCGACUUAUUCACAACACACAGCAGCUUUAUUUUGAUUGAUUAUUCGGCAAGUGUAAUUGGAAGAAAUAAAUUUUUUUCUACUAUAUAAUAUUCAUUUACCGAAGCCUCCUGUGAACGUAUGCUAAAAAAACAGUUGCAGUUAUUUGUAAUAAAAAUUAUUGCCGGUAAAAACGAUUACAGGUAGUUUUCCAUUUCUGAGAGGUGAUUGGGCAAUAAUAAUAAACUCUUUAGAUGCAACUUGUCAUUUGAAUAUAAUAAGCUUAUCAAACAGAACUCGAUUCUAGUUGUAUUGCUGAACGUGUUAUAGCUGCUACGUUCAUAUAAAAAGCUUCUGCUUGUUGCAGAAAGUCGAUUGUUGGUCGGACUUUCAACUUUAAUAUCUUUGUUAAUUUUCUUUGAUUGUAAUAGUUUUCACAUUUUUUACUUUUGUCCACUAUUUGAAUAUGUCUCGCAAUGGAUUUUGUUUUGCUAUCGAUCGCGGUGGUACUUUUACUGACGUUUAUGCAAAAUGUCCGAAUGGAAAAAUAAGAGUUAUGAAAUUGCUAUCAGAAGAUCCAUCCAACUAUGAAGAUGCUCCAAGAGAAGGAAUUCGACGUAUUUUAGAACAAGAAACUGGAAAUCGUAUAACAGGAAAAAUUGAUACCUCUCUAAUAGAAUGGAUAAGAAUGGGCACGACUGUCGCAACAAAUGCUUUACUAGAAAGAAAAGGAGCUAAAAUGGCUUUAUUAAUAAAUAAUGGCUUCGAAGAUCUUUUGUACAUUGGUAAUCAAGCUCGACCAAAUAUUUUUGAUCUUGAAAUACAGACCCCUGAAGUUUUAUAUUCUGAGGUAGUUGGAGUUGACAUCAGAGUUAUACCUUCAUUGGAUAAUAAAUGUGAAAUGGACAAAAUGUCUUGGAAGAAAGUGAAGGGCUCAACUGGAGAAGAGCUUUACAUCAUAUCUGAUUUGGAUGAACUUAAAUUGAGAAAAGAUCUUUAUAGAUUAAAAGAAAAGGGUAUCGAGAGUUUAUCUGUGGUUUUGAUGCACAGUUACACUUAUAAUGAGCAAGAAAUUCAAGUUGGAAAAAUAGCCGAGGAAAUUGGAUUUGAACAAAUUUCACUUUCCCAUCAAAUUAUGCCAAUGGCAAAAAUUGUUCCAAGAGGUUUCACAACGGCUGCUGAUGCCUAUCUUACUCCUCAUAUUAAAAAAUAUUUAAAAGGCUUUUCCAAAGGUUUCAAAAAUAACCUCGAAGGUGUUAAUGUAUUAUUUAUGCAGAGUGACGGUGGACUUACACCAAUGAAUUCAUUCAAUGGGUCUCGAGCUAUUUUGUCUGGACCAGCUGGUGGUGUUGUAGGCUAUGCCAUGACUGCUUAUCAAAAAGAAACUAAUUUACCUGUAAUUGGUUUUGAUAUGGGCGGUACUUCUACAGAUGUGAGCCGUUACGGUGGAAAUUAUGAACAUGUUUUCGAAAGCACAACUGCAGGAGUGACAAUUCAAGCCCCCCAGCUAGAUAUAAACACCGUUGCAGCGGGUGGGGGAUCUAUGCUCUUUUUCCGAUCCGGUUUAUUUCAAGUAGGACCAGAAAGUGCUGGAGCUCAUCCAGGUCCAGCGUGUUACAUGAAAGGAGGACCGCUGGCCGUAACUGAUGCCAACUUGCUUUUAGGUCGAUUAUUACCAGAAUAUUUUCCAAAAAUUUUUGGACCAAAUGAAAAUCAACCUCUAGAUAAAGAUAUCACAUAUCAAGCUUUUUGUAAAUUGGCGAAAGAGGUAAAUGAUUUUUAUGAAGCAGAGGGAAAAAAUAAAAAUGAACUAUUGAGCAUUGAGGAAAUAGCUAUGGGCUUUAUACGAGUGGCUAAUGAAACUAUGUGUCGACCAAUUCGAGCCUUAACGCAGGGUAAAGGGUAUGAUACAUCACACCACGUACUGGCUUGUUUUGGUGGGGCUGGAGGACAGCAUGCCUGUGCUAUAGCAAGGUCUCUUGGGAUGAAAACUGUAUUUAUUCAUAAAUAUGCGGGAAUUUUGUCAGCCUAUGGUAUGGCAUUAGCUGAUGUUGUUGAAGAAGCACAAGAGCCUAGCGUAGAAGUUUACAACCAAGAGUCAUUCGAACGUUUGGAUAAAAGAUUGGAUAUUUUAGAAGAAAAGGCUAGAAAAAAACUUUUAGCUCAAGGUUUUUUGGAAAAUCAAUUACAAAUGGAAUAUUUUUUGCAUUUGAGAUAUGAAGGAACUGAUUGUUCAUUAAUGUGCCCAGCUGACAAUAGUGUCACUGCUAAUCAUAACUGUUUGAAACAUGGCGAUUUUGCAUCCUCAUUUUUGCUCAGGUAUAAAAAAGAAUUUGGUUUCACUAUGCCUGAUAGAAAAAUACUAGUCAGCGAUAUUAGAGUACGCGGAAUUGGAAAAACUGAAAUUUCUGAUGAUAUUCCCAUAACAAAAAAUCAAGAUAAGGCCAAAGUGGAAAAUGUUACAAAAGUGUACUUUGAAGGAGGAUAUCAGGACACAAAUGUAUAUGAAUUGAAAUCCUUAAAUCCUGGUCACACAAUUACUGGACCAGCUAUUAUAAUGGACAGUUUGAGUACGAUAUUAGUUGAGCCUGGGUGUACUGCUUUGAUUACUCCGAAAGGUGACAUUAAAAUAGCAAUUGGCGACGUUCAGCAGUUGAAAAUUACCACAGAUCUAGAUGCAAUACAACUAAGCAUAUUUUCUCAUCGAUUUAUGAGUAUUGCCGAACAAAUGGGAAGAAUUUUGCAGCGAACAUCGAUAUCAACAAACAUAAAAGAAAGAUUAGAUUUUUCGUGUGCUGUAUUUGGACCCGACGGGGGAUUGGUUUCAAAUGCUCCGCAUAUUCCUGUACAUCUUGGAGCCAUGCAAGAAACGGUACAAUUUCAAAUAGAAUCAUGUAAAGGCAAAUUUGUGCCUGGGGAUUCAAUACUAUCUAACCAUCCUUCAGCAGGAGGUUCGCAUUUACCAGAUCUUACGGUUAUUACACCCGUAUUUUAUCAAGAUGAGAAAAGACCAGUAUUUUUCGUGGCUAGUAGAGGCCACCAUGCUGAUAUAGGUGGUAUUACACCUGGCUCGAUGCCUCCUCAUUCCAAAAUGUUGGCUGAAGAAGGAGCAACGUUCAAAAGUUUCAUUCUUGUUCGUGACGGUAAAUUUCGAGAAAAAGAAUUAACCGAAGAAUUGAUGGCACCAGGAAAGAUUCCUGGCAGUUCUGGAACAAGAAAUUUACCAGAUAACAUUAGCGAUCUCAAAGCUCAAAUAGCUGCGAAUCAGAAAGGUGCUCAAUUAGUAAAUGAAUUAGUUCAGGCUUACGGCUUGGAUGUUGUACAAGCGUACAUGAAACACAUUCAAGACAAUGCAGAAUUAGCCGUAAGAGAUAUGUUGAAAGAGGUAGGUAAUAAACUCAUCAAUAAAUUUGGACUUCCCACAAUAACUGCAUCUGACUUCAUGGACGAUGGAACUGAAAUUAUGUUAAAACUAAGCAUCGAUGUUGACAAAGGACAAGCAGUUUGCGACUUCAGGGGCACUGGUUACGAAGUUUGGGGAAAUUGCAAUGCUCCUAGAGCUAUAACUCUAUCGGCUUUGAUUUAUUGUCUUCGAAGUAUCGUCGGACGCGACGUACCUCUCAACCAAGGGUGCUUAAAACCAGUGAAAGUUAUAAUACCUAAAGGAUCGAUAUUGGACCCAUCGGAUACGGCUGCCGUUGUUGGAGGUAACGUGUUGACGUCUCAACGAGUUGUUGACGUUAUUCUCACAGCUUUUCAAGCAUGUGCUGCAUCACAAGGUUGCAUGAAUAAUAUCACACUUGGUACUGAAAAUUGGGGGUAUUAUGAAACAGUCGCCGGAGGUGCAGGAGCAGGUCCUUCUUGGGAUGGUAGAAGCGGGAUACACACUCAUAUGACUAACACAAGAAUUACUGAUCCAGAAAUUUUAGAAGUACGAUAUCCUGUGAUUUUGAAAAAAUUUCAUCUGCGACCAAAUAGUGGGGGAAGCGGAGCCUUUAAUGGUGGUAAUGGAGUUAUUCGUGAAUUUUUAUUUAGAUCUUCUAUGAUUCUAUCUGUAUUGACUGAGAGAAGAGUGCAUAGUCCUCGCGGUCUUGAAGGUGGGGAACCUGGCGCACGAGGCAAGAAUACUUUGAUACGAAAAGACAAACGAUGUAUAAACUUGAGUUCGAAAGCAGCCGUAAAUGUAGUCGCUGGGGAUAUUUUUUUUCUGGAAACUCCUGGAGGUGGUGGAUAUGGGUACAGCUCAAAUCGAGUUAUGUUACCUAAGGAAUCGUCAAAAACCUUUAUCGAGCGAGGCAGCGUGUACGAGUAUAGAAAAGCUCAGGAAUCCGUUUGA